CUUAUCUCUCCAUUUUGCAAACUCUGCCUUUUCCCCUCUCGCUCUUUCUAUUACUGCAGCAAAAAGCUGAGACAAAACUGUUAAUCUUCAUUUCUCUCUCUUUAACCAGUUUCAGUCUCAGCAUCACCAGACAAACUUCCAUGGCUCAGACCAUUCCUUGGUUUUCUGGUGUUCACCUUUGAUCAUCCUGAAUUGGGAAAUUUUUUAUUUUGGAAGUCUUUAUAGGGAUUGCUUUGGGCUAAUAUUGUCGGAAAGUGAGAUUUUUCAAUACAAAAUAUCUGUUGUCGGUGCUGAUUUUUAUUGCUUUUAGUAAUGGGAAUCUUUGAUGAGAUGGGAUUCGGUGGAAACCUUGAUUUCCUCUCGGCUCCUCCCUGCGAAGUAGAGACAGUUCUGGAGCAUGAACCAGAGGCGACUGUUGAGGAGUAUUUAAGUGAUGAAGACAUGGAUGUGGAUGAGCUCGAGAGGAGGAUGUGGAGGGACCGAAUGCUUUUGAAGCGACUUAAAGAGCAGAAUAAGGGUAAGGAAGGAGUUGUCAGUGCAAAGCAGCGUCAAUCUCAGGAGCAAGCCCGAAGGAAGAAGAUGUCACGAGCACAGGAUGGUAUCCUGAAGUAUAUGCUGAAAAUGAUGGAGGUUUGCAAGGCUCAGGGAUUUGUGUAUGGAAUCAUCCCUGAGAAGGGAAAGCCUGUGAGUGGAGCUUCUGAUAAUCUUCGAGCUUGGUGGAAGGAAAAGGUCAGGUUUGAUCGGAAUGGCCCUGCUGCGAUUGCCAAAUACCAGGUUGUUCAUGCUAUUCCUGGAAAGAAUAAAGACUGCAGUGCAGAUGUGUCCACCCCUCACACCUUACAGGAGCUUCAAGACACUACCCUUGGAUCUCUCUUGUCUGCGCUUAUGCAGCAUUGUGAUCCGCCCCAACGGCGAUUUCCAUUGGAGAAAGGUGUUGCACCAUCCUGGUGGCCAACUGGAAACGAAGAGUGGUGGCCUCAGUUGCGUCUGCCCAAGGAUCAGGGUCCUCCCCCGUACAAGAAACCUCAUGAUCUGAAGAAGGCUUGGAAAGUGAGUGUUCUCACAGCAGUCAUCAAGCACAUGUCACCAGAUAUUGCUAAGAUCAGAAAGCUUGUUCGUCAAUCUAAGUGCUUGCAGGAUAAGAUGACUGCCAAAGAGAGUGCCACUUGGUUGGCAAUAAUUAAUCAAGAAGAAACAUUGUCACGAAAACUCUAUCCUGAUAGCUGCCCUCCUGCAUCUGCUGGUGAAAGUGGCUCUUUUGUUAUCAGUGAUACCAGUGAUUAUGAUGUUGAAGGGGUGGAUGAUGAUCAAAAUGUUGAAGUAGAGGAGGUCAAGCCUCAUGAUGUGAAUCUCUUCAGGUUCGGGGCAGUGGGACCUAGAGAGAGGCUUAUGAUGACACAACCUUUGGUUCCUCAAAUAAAGGGGGAACUUGUUGAAACUAACUCAGAUUUCUUUCAGAAGAGGAAGCAGCUGGCGGAUGAGCCUCUUGGCAUGGUGGAUCAAAAGAUGUAUAACUGUGAGUACCCACAGUGCCCCUAUAGCGACUAUCGGCUUGGAUUUCUUGAUAGGUCCUCAAGGAACAACCACCAGAUGAAUUGCCCAUAUCGUAGCAAUUCUUCUCAAGGUUUUGGAGAGACAAACUUUCAAAUGAACAAUGACAAACCUGCAGUGUUCUCUUUGCCUGUUGCUCAGCCUGUUCAGUUACCUCAACAACCUCAACAGAAGCCGCCAACUCCACUGGUGAAUCUGGUUCAUUCACAAUUUAAUGUAUCUGGACUCGAACUUCCGGAUGAUGGGCAAAAAAUGAUUUCUGAUCUGAUUACUUUCUAUGAUACUAAUCAUCAGCAGAACAAGAACUUGAAUCCUGGGGCUCUUAAUGUCCCAGUGGGGCUUAAUGUUAUAGACGAUCAAACCCAGCAUCAACAGCACCCACAUCAGCAACUACAACAGGAGCAGCAGCAGAAAUUUCAAUUUCAGCUGAAUGAUAACUUCUACAAUCAAGGCGUUAUGAUGGGUGGCCAUUUACCGGAGCAGCCCAACUUGCCCUCGGUUAACAACUCCAUUUUCCCCCCAGCAGACAUUCGUUUUAAUCAGAUCAAAUCAUUCGACUCUCCGUUUUACACCAAUCCAGGCGAUAAUAUUGCUGACUUCAGGUUUAGUUCACAAUUCAACAUGGCACCAGUCGAUUUCACCAUGGAUUCACUUCCAAAGCAGGAUAUAUCAACAUGGUACGUUUGAAGAAUAAAUCUGACCCCACAUCAAGCUCCUUCAUUUAGUCUUCAACUCUAAUACAACAAAAAAAAAGGGCCGUACACAUUGGAGAAAGGUUACAAAUAACACAGUUGUGCUCUUCUGGGUUAAGUGAGGCUUCUUCCUUUCACAUUUAGUCGCAAGAUAUGUUUGCCUUACGUCUUCUGGAGACCUAGACAUCUCUAGGUUGAUUUCAUGGCCAUACUGAGUAAGGGGCUUACUCAAUAUUGCUGUUGAAGCUUAGAAUCAUUAGUUUCUUGUUGCUACAGUUGAUAUCGGCAUGUAGUUUAUAAAUAUAUACACAUGAACUUUGUAUUAUGUACACAUAAUCUUUAAUAUAUGUUGUUUAAUCAA